GAUGCGAGGCAAGGUUGCCUGAGGAUUUUUACAAUCUGGCGCCGGCGCCACGGACAGGCAGCCAGUCCGCGAGGGGAGUGAGAGGGCGUGUGUGUGCAAAGGCAGGCAACGGUUUCUCUUCCCAAAGGGCAGGGAAGAGUUGGCAGAGGCCGGUCUCCCCCUCUUGUGCCUCCUUGCGAGCUCUCCGGCAUGCCCGGGGCGCGCGUUUUUUGUCUCUUGUGCCUCAGCUUUCUUCUCCUGGGGUGUUCAGCGUUCAAUCUGGAUGUGACUGAAACCAUCCUCAAAUAUGGAGAGAACGGCAGCUUCUUUGGCUUCUCGGUGGCUUUGCACCAGCAGCUCCAACCUCAGCCGGUCAGCUGGUUGUUGGUGGGAGCCCCACAGGCUGCUGCUUUGCCAAAUCAACAGGCCAGGAGGACUGGCGGCUUGUACGCCUGCCCUAUGACUCAUGAGACCAAUGACUGCAAGCGUGUGCCUAUUGACGAAGGAGUUGACCUGAAGAAGGAGAGCAAGGAGAAUCAGUGGCUGGGCGUCACCGUCAAGAGCCAGGGCCCCGGCGGCAAGAUCGUGACCUGCGCCCACUUGUACGAAGCGCGGAACCGGGUAAACGAAUCUCUGGAGACAAGGGAUGUGAUUGGCCGCUGCUAUGUCCUCAGCGAGGGGCUUCAAGUGUCUGAUGAACUGGACGGCGGAGAGUGGAAAUUCUGCGAGGGGCGGGCACAGGGGCACGACCGCUUUAGUGUUUGCCAGCAGGGGAUGGCAACUGGAUUCACGGCAGAUAGGCAUUAUAUCCUUUUUGGAGCUCCUGGCACCUACAACUGGAAAGGGACCCUACGGGCAGAACUGAGUGGCUUGGAUUUGAGUCAGUACGACGACGGGCCCUAUGAAGCCGGGGGAGAAAAGGACCAAGACCCCUCGCUCAUCCCCUUGCCUGCCAACAGCUAUCUUGGCUUUUCUCUGGACUCCGGAGUGGGGAUCAUGAGGAAAGAUGAGCUGAGCUUCGUCACAGGCGCACCCCGUGCCAACCAUACAGGGGCAGUGGUCAUUCUGCAACGGGACAACAUCAACCGCCUGGUGCCUGAGUUUAUCUUGCCAGGGGAGAAACUCACCUCGUCUUUUGGCUAUUCCUUGGCUGUUGUGGAUCUCAACCAUGAUGGCUGGAUGGACUUAGUGGUUGGGGCACCAAACCUAUUUGAUCGUAAAGAAGGAAUUGGAGGUGCAGUCUACGUUUACAUCAACCAGGCAGGACACUGGGAAAAUGUCCUUCCCAUACGGCUCAACGGUUCCUAUGACUCUAUGUUUGGUAUUACAGUGGGUGCCCUUGGCGACCUCAACCAAGAUGGCUUCCAAGACUUUGCAGUCGGAGCUCCAUUAGAUGGUGAUGGCAAGGUCUACAUCUAUCAUGGUAGCAAUUUGGGACUGGUCAUCAAACCUGCCCAGAUCCUGACCGGGGAGAGUGUUGGCAUCAAGAUGUUUGGCUAUUCUUUUUCUGGGGGGAUGGAUAUUGAUGGCAAUUUCUAUCCAGAUCUCCUGGUGGGAUCCCUCUCCAACACAGUAGCACUGUACAGAUCCCGACCUGUCAUCCACAUCUCCAGGAAUGUCACCAUCUCACCCCAGAAUAUUGACCUGGAGAAAUUUAAUUGCCGCUAUUUUGAGGGCAUAUGUAUGGAUGUAAACGCCUGCUUCAGCUACACAGCCAACCCCCUGAGCUACAGCCCACACAUCACGCUUGAAUACACUUUUGAUGCGGAUACUGACCGCCGAGAAUUAGGCCAAAGUCCAAGAGUCUUCUUCCACAAUGAAGGAAUCACAGACCCGGAACACCAAUACUCUGGGACAGUAGAGCUGCCCCGACAGCGCAUCCCUUCUUGCGUCAUGGCAACCCUGCAGCUGAAGGACCAGAUCCGUGACAAGCUGCGUCCCAUCACAGUGGUGGUGAGCUACAAUAUCCAGCAUGCCCGCAGCAGACGCCAGGUGCCCAAGGCCACUUUGGGCCCACUCUUGCCUGUCCUGAAUGCUUUGCCACCCAACACUCAGAGGACAGAGGUGAAUUUCCUCAAGCAGGGAUGUGGGGAGGACAAAAUCUGCCAAAGCAACCUGCAGCUGGGCUACAAGUUCUGCUCUCGUGUGGAUGAUGCAGUCUUCCAUCCCCUGCCCAGAGGUGACGAUGGCUUGGAUAUUUUUUCCAUGAGUGACCAAAAAGUGGUAGCUCUCGAGAUCUUCAUCACCAACUUUCCAUCAGAUGUUGCUGAACCACAGCAGGAUGGCGAGGAUGCGUAUGAGGCCAUGUUGUUUGUCCAUCUGCCACCUACCUUGCCUUAUUCUGCCUCACGCCCUUACAAUGCCACGGAGAAGGUCCCAGUGUGUGUUUCUAACCAGAAUGCCUCUCAUGUCGAAUGUGAGCUUGGGAACCCCAUGAAACGUGGAGCACAGUUUCGGUUUUACCUUGUUCUGAGUACCUCUGGCAUUACCCUGGAGACAGAGGAGCUGGCUGUGGGGCUGGAACUUAGCACGACCUCAGAGCAGCCGGAGUUGGCCCCAGUGGUAGCACGCGCCCGUGUGGUCAUGGAGCUUCCUCUCUCCGUUACUGGAGUAGCUGAACCACAGCAACUGUUUUUCAGUGGGGAAGUGCGAGGCGAAAGUGCCAUGAAAAAAGAGAGUGAUGUGGGCAGCCCUGUACGCUACAAGGUGAUGGUCUCCAACAGGGGCCAAUCACUGAACACACUUGGCUCAGCCUUCCUCAAUCUCAUGUGGCCCCAUGAACUUGCAAAUGGAAAGUGGCUCCUCUACCCUCUCAAGCUGGAGAUGGAGUUAUCAACCCAGCCUCAGCAUCGCACAGCCUGUACUCCAGAACCCAACAUGCUAGGUUUGACUCUGGAACCUUCUCAUCAAGCUAGGAAGAAGCGAGAGGCUGAGCAGGCAGGGGCACCUAGCAGGUCACUCACUUACAGGGAAAGGCGAAAAAAUGUGACCUUGGACUGUGUUCAAGGCACUGCUCAUUGCCAGCGCUACCAGUGCCCCCUCUACAGCUUUGAGCGCUCUGCUGUGCUCACCAUAUGGGGCCGUCUCUGGAACAGCACCUUUCUGGAGGAAUACUCUGAUGUAACAUCAGUGGAAGUGAUUGUUCGAACCAGUAUCACAGUGAAAUCUACCAUCCGCAACCUGAUCCUGAAGGAUGCCACCGCACAGAUACCAGUGACUGUCUACUUGGAUCCCAUUGUGGCCAUGUCACGAGGGGUGCCCUGGUGGAUCAUCCUCAUUGCAGUACUAGCUGGGAUCCUUGUGUUGGGCCUGCUUGUCUCCAUCCUCUGGAAGCUUGGCUUCUUCAAACGUGCCCGCUACACAGAAGCCAAAGUUCCACAGUACCAUGCUGUCAAAAUUCCCCGCCAGGAGCGCCAGCUCUUCCGUGAGGAGAAAACAGGCACCAUCACCAAGAAAGACUGGGUCACCAACUGGAGUGGGGACAGUGAUGGCCAUGUUCCUGUAUCAGCCUAGCACCAGCUCCAGUCUGACUUCCUGUGUCAAUUUUCUGAUUGAUUGAGAGAUGCCUCCUGAGGGACAUUCUUUGGUGCCACUGGCCUGGAUAAUAGCCACAGCACUCUUGCCUCUUCUCCUCUCUGAAAGAUUUGUAGACUCUGGGCUGCCCCCUUCCAGGAGGUGGAAAGGGGAUCCAAGGGGACAUGUGCUUUACACUGAGGAUGAUAGUGAUCUUUUACAAAGGGUUUUCCCAGUACUCUACAUUUCCUUGUAAACCUGAGCCAGCACCAGAAGGAACCCUCUGCUUUUCUGGUUUUCCAAAGAAUUAUCUGCUGAAAGAGUGUGGUGAAGGGAAAAAAACAAAACAAUAUACCCUGUGCACCCUGAUGCUGACAGCUGGACUUGUACAUGUCACUAUUUACUCCACUGGAAAUGGGGUGAGCAUUUGCUGGAAGGACUUGAUACUUUCAGAAUGAGAAGAACCUAGAUUCCUUAAGCAUGCUUGCUGACAGGAUUCAAAGCCAAAAAGCACUGUGGUGAAGAAGAUGAGAGACUGCCCUCUUUUGAGAAAGAUUGCUUUCUUUAUGCUAGCUUUUUGUAAUUUAUAUUGUCUUACAUCAGAGACAUUUGAUGCCUGAAGCUGAGAGCUGGGUUAGGUCUGAAAUUACAUGCUUUAGUAACUAAGGUUCUUAAUACUGUAAAUGGAAUAACACAAAAACAUUUCUCUGAGUUGCUGUCUCAUGGCUAGCAAGCAAGUUUCUGAUUGUUAGAGAGUCACAUUUUUAUCCAGCCAUAAACGUGCACUGGCAGAC